UCACUGCACUAAUAAACUCCACAGCGAGAGCGAGAGUGAAUCAAGCGACGAAUAAAUUCUUUUCCAGAAUGCAUCAGUUUUCAUCGGCCGUUACUUCACGGUUCUUCAGUUGGCCCUGGACAUUUUGUCUGUUGUUUAUCGUGUGUAAUCUGCCCGGCGUCUUCAUGGGUGUGCAGGUGGAAACGAUCAAGCCCGGCGAUGGCACUAAUUUCCCUCAAAAGGGACAAACUGUCAGCGUGCAUUACACAGGCACGUUGACGGACGGGAAGAAGUUUGAUUCGUCGCGCGAUCGCGGCCAGCCGUUCACCUUCCGUCUGGGCCAAGGCGAAGUCAUCAAAGGUUGGGAUGAGGGAGUGGCGCAGAUGAGCGUCGGGCAGCGCGCCAAGCUGACCUGCUCACCGGACUACGCGUACGGCGCCAAGGGCUACCCGGGCCUCAUCCCGCCCAACUCCGUCCUCGUCUUCGACGUGGAACUGCUCAGCUUCAAGUGAACACAUUUUCAACGACAUCCGUCGGCAUCUCGCUCGCUUUUCGCCGCAUCUUCGGCGUCCUCAACUAUUAAUUAACGUGGUGCUGGAAUUGUUUUUGAUUUUUUAAACGCCGCUGCAGCAUGAUCGUCGCCUGAAGUGUGCUUGCUGUUGUUUCUUUUUUAAGCUUUGAUCAUUUCUUUUGCUCGCGAUUUGUUGCUGUUUCUCGGUCAGUGUCGCUGCAUGACGAUUGUGCGCAAAUAAAACCGUGCCAUUUC